AUGGAGGUGUUUAAUGAUCGGGCGAUCAUUGAGAGGUACAGGCUGCCGAGGGAGGCUAUCAGGCAACUCCUUGAGGCCACCGGCGAGGACCUGAGACGCUCAACUCGGAGGAGUUUUGCGCUCACCGCGGAAACGCAACUGUUGGCCGCCCUCAGAUUCUUCGCCACAGGGAGUUUCCUCCAGGUCGUGGGUGAUGGCCAUGGCCUAUGCAAGGCUUCGGUGUCACGGUCCGUUCAGGCGGUGACCGACUGCCUGCUGCGCCUGGUACCUGAACACCUGACCUUCCCCACGAGAGAGGAGAUGACGGGGAUACAGGGGCAUUUUUUCCGCACGCACCAUAUUCCGCAGGUGACUGGAGUGGUGGAUGGCACGUUAGUUCCCAUACUGACACCCCACGAUGAUGGUCACAUCUACAUCUGCCGGAAGGGCUACGCGGCCAUCAAUUGCCAGGUUGUGUGUGACCACCGAGGCAUCAUCCUCGACGUCGUAGCGAGAUGGCCCGGGAGCACCCACGACUCCUUCAUCUUCAGGGAGUCCACCAUUGGCCGGGAGGCAACUGCGUCCAGGGGUGAGUGGCGACUCCUCGGCGACAGUGGUUAUCCUCUCCGGCCAUUCCUCUUCACACCUGUGGCCAACCCUGAGGACGACCACCAGCGAGCCUUCAACGAGGCUCACCGUCUGGCGAGGAGCGUUGUCGAGCGCACCAUCGGGCGGUGUAAGAUGCGCUUCAGGUGUCUUCACCGAUCCAGCGGGGGACUCCUCUUUAGUCCAGCCAAGGCCUGCGCGGUAAUUUGUGUAACAGCCAUGUUGCACAACAUUGCCGUGCGGGCAGGGCUUCAGCUGGAUGAGCCUGAGGAGGACGAGGAGGAGGCUGCCGGUGUGCCACACGAGGGGGGACGUCCCGAUGACCAGCCUCAACACUAUCGGGCUGGUUUUGAGGCCCGCCGUGAUGUCAUCCACACCUUUUUUUGA